AUGAUCGUCGUCGGAUGCCGUGUGAUUGCGCAAGGCCUGGUCGGUCGCGCUGAUCUGAACGACCAAGAAGGUCUCGUGAUAAGCUACAGCCCGGAGAAAGGGCGCUUCGGUGUAAGAUUCGGCGAGGCGGACGAGGCUUCGGUCAACGUCAAGCCGAUCAACCUCCGCCUUCCCGAGGACGAGAGCGACUACAACAGCCGUCCGGAGUCGAACCCGCGCGACGAGUGCGGCAUUUGUCUCACCGAGCUGCCAGCCAUGGGGCAGCAGUGCUUCUACCAGGCAUGCUGUGGCAAGAUGGUGUGCAUCGCGUGCAAGCACAGCAUGUCCACCCAAGGCGCCGAGCAGCGCAAGUCGGUGCCGUGCGCCUUCUGCCGCGCGCCGCCCGAGGCCGACCUGUACGAGCGCAUGCAGCGCCUCGAGUCGCGCGCGGCCAAGAACGACUCGCGCGCCCACUUCGAGCUGGCGGGCUACUACUUCCUUGGGCGCGCGUCGCGUGUGGACGUCGACAUGGGCGUGACGCACGUCAACGCUGCGCUCGACCUCGGCUGCGCGCAGGCGCAGUUCCAUUACGGGAUGUUCUACCAGAACGGCUGCUGGGCAGGCACUCACGUACCCGGCGUGCGGAUCGACCUUGCGCGCGCGGCGGACCUGUACACCCUCGCCGCCGAGCAAGGCCACGACCACGCGGGCAUGAACCUGCAGCUGAUGCUGCUCGGCGGAGGCCCGGGCAGCGCGGCGUGGGACCCGGGCCGGGCGAUGGGCAUGCUGCACCGCCUCGCCGAGGAGCACCACUCGACGUACGCGCACCACAGGCUCGGGUGCAUCUACCAUGGCCUGUGGCCGCCCUCGGGGCCGGUCGUCGAGAAGAGCGCCAAGCAGGCCAUCUCGCACUACCGUGUGACGGCCGAGAUGCCGAUCGAGUCGCUGCUCAACUGCCCGGCCUGCAAGGCGAAGCCGCUCGGCAUGCUCUGCCCCUUCGACUGCACGUCCAAGCUCGGCCAGGUCUCCGAGAGCAGCUACAACCUCGCGUGCCUCGCGGCCGUGGCGGGCGCGCAAGACGAGGCCCUCGAGUGGCUCGCAAAGGCCGUCGCGACCGGUUUUAACAAGCCAGACGUCGCCUUCCUCCCUGCGUUCGACGCGCUGCUCAAGAAGAUGCGCGGCAAGAAGCGGACCGGCCCGAAGUCUCGGGCAACAACAUCUCGGGCAAGCGGCGCGGACCAGUGA